GCCACCGGAAGAGUCCUGAUCGCCAGCCGAGCGCCGAGAGUGGGGAGCGGAAGCGGCGGCAGGCGGCGCUGGGACCCGGGAGCGGCCGGAGAACAAGGGAGCUGGCGCCCCGGCCGGCGGCUGAGCGGGGCUGAGCAGCGGGCCGCGCCGAGCCCCGAGCUCUGCCGGAGAGGCCCGGCCCCGCUGCCCAAGCAGGCCGCGCGCCGCGGGGCCGAGGCCGGAGCCAUGGGCGAGACCAAGAUCAUCUACCACCUGGACGGCCAGGAGACGCCGUACCUGGUGAAGCUGCCCCUGCCCGCCGAGCGCGUCACCUUGGCGGACUUUAAGGGCGUUCUGCAGCGGCCCAGUUAUAAGUUCUUCUUCAAGUCUAUGGACGACGAUUUUGGGGUGGUGAAGGAAGAAAUCUCCGAUGACAAUGCCAAGCUACCCUGCUUCAAUGGCAGGGUGGUGUCCUGGCUGGUAUCUGCUGAGGGCUCGCACCCAGAGCCAGCCCCUUUCUGUGCUGACAACCCGUCAGAGCUGCCACCUUCAAUGGAACGCACAGGAGGCAUUGGGGACUCUCGACCCCCCUCCUUCCACCCUCAUGCUAGUGGGGGCAGCCAGGAGAACUUGGACAAUGACACAGAGACCGACUCCUUGGUAUCUGCCCAACGAGAGCGGCCCCGACGGAGGGAUGGCCCUGAGCAUGCAGCCCGCCUCAAUGGAACUGCGAAGGGCGAGCGUCGACGAGAGCCAGGUGGCUAUGACAGUUCAUCUACUCUCAUGAGCAGCGAGCUGGAGACUACCAGUUUCUUUGAUUCAGAUGAGGAUGACUCCACCAGCAGGUUCAGCAGCUCCACAGAACAGAGCAGUGCUUCACGCCUAAUGAGAAGACACAAGCGGCGGCGGCGGAAGCAGAAGGUCUCCCGGAUCGAGCGGUCCUCCUCCUUCAGCAGCAUCACAGACUCCACCAUGUCUCUCAAUAUCAUCACAGUCACGCUCAACAUGGAAAAGUAUAACUUCUUGGGCAUCUCCAUUGUGGGCCAGAGCAAUGAGCGAGGUGACGGGGGCAUCUACAUCGGCUCCAUCAUGAAGGGUGGGGCCGUGGCAGCUGACGGACGCAUUGAGCCGGGAGAUAUGCUAUUGCAGGUUAAUGAGAUCAACUUUGAGAACAUGAGUAAUGAUGACGCAGUUCGCGUACUUCGGGAGAUUGUCCACAAGCCAGGGCCCAUCACUCUGACUGUAGCCAAGUGCUGGGACCCAAGUCCUCGUGGCUGCUUCACGUUACCCCGAAGUGAGCCCAUCCGUCCCAUUGACCCUGCAGCCUGGGUCUCCCAUACUGCAGCCAUGACAGGCACCUUUCCCGCCUAUGGCAUGAGCCCGUCCCUAAGCACCAUCACCUCCACCAGCUCCUCUAUCACCAGCUCCAUCCCUGAUACAGAACGCCUAGAUGAUUUCCACCUCUCCAUCCACAGUGACAUGGCGGCCAUCGUAAAAGCCAUGGCCUCCCCUGAAUCAGGGUUGGAGGUCCGAGACCGCAUGUGGCUCAAGAUUACCAUUCCCAAUGCUUUUAUCGGCUCAGAUGUGGUGGACUGGCUGUACCACAACGUGGAAGGGUUCACCGACCGACGGGAGGCCCGCAAGUAUGCUAGCAACCUGCUGAAAGCUGGUUUUAUCCGCCAUACCGUCAACAAGAUCACAUUCUCCGAGCAGUGCUACUACAUCUUUGGUGACCUCUGUGGCAACAUGGCCAACCUAUCGCUUCACGACCAUGAUGGUUCCAGUGGCGCCUCUGACCAGGACACACUGGCUCCUUUGCCGCACCCAGGGGCUGCACCUUGGCCUAUGGCUUUCCCUUACCAGUACCCACCACCUCCUCAUCCCUACAACCCACACCCAGGUUUCCCAGAACUGGGCUACAGCUACGGUGGGGGCAGCGCCAGCAGUCAGCACAGUGAAGGCAGUCGGAGCAGUGGCUCCAACCGAAGUGGCAGCGACCGGCGCAAGGAGAAGGACCCAAAAGCUGGGGACUCCAAGUCAGGUGGUAGCGGCAGUGAGUCCGAUCACACUACACGAAGCAGUCUGCGGGGCCCACGGGAGCGGGCGCCAAGUGAGCGCUCAGGUCCAGCAGCCAGUGAGCACAGCCACCGCAGUCACCAUUCGCUGACCGGCAGUCUGCGCAGCCACCACACGCACCCGAGCUAUGGCCCACCCGGAGUGCCCCCUCUUUAUGGUCCCCCGAUGCUGAUGAUGACCCCACCGCCUGCAGCCAUGGGGCCCCCAGGAGCCCCUCCAGGGCGUGACCUGGCCUCGGUGCCCCCGGAACUGACGGCCAGCAGACAGUCCUUCCGCAUGGCAAUGGGAAACCCCACCAAGAAUUUCGGGCUCUUUGACUUUCUGUGAGUCCCCAGGAAAGGGACUCCAAGGAGACCAGCAACUCUGCUUCUGCAGUAGCCCCUCAGGGCUCCCCAAGGAUGUCCAACCCCCACACCCACACAGCAAGGUCACUAGGCUUCUGGAAAGGACCUCAGCUUCCCCCAUGCAUAACAGACUCUGUUCUUUUCAGAGAGAAGUAGAGAAGUUUGCUUCCCUCUGCCUCAUACACAUGUGAGUCUCAAGCGCUCGCUCUCUCUCUCUCUCUCUCUCUCUCUCUCUCUCUCUCUCUCUCUCUCUCUCUCUCUCUCUCUCUCACACACACACACACACACACACCCCUAUGCAAGUUUACAUAAGCCUCAGGGCUGGUCCCUGACCAGAGGGCUGGACCCUUUUUCCAAGUCAUCUCCUAGAUAGUGGGGCUGGUCCCUGGCUGCCCUUCCCCCUUCCUGCUAGCCCUUUAGCUUCCCGUACAUGUUCCCAGUGUCUUUGUGUUUGGAUAAAGCCCAAAAGCUGGGGCUCAACAGAGGCUGUCCAGGUAACUGGCAGGCCAUUCUGUCCCUCCCUCCUGCCCCCACAUAUCCCUAUCCCUCCUCUGCUCUCACCUUCACCAUGACCUGGGAGCACAGGCCGCUGAAGCUGGACACCAGAUAACGGGGACUCCAAACAGCUCCAGUUAUCUGUAAUUGUUUUCUACCUUAAAAUCACAAUUUUCUCUUUAAAACUUUGCUGUUAAAACUCUGACUUAAACCAGACUCUUAAAUUUUCAGGGCAGGGGUGUCAUCUGGGGACAUAGCUCUGUAGUGUUUGCCUAGCAUGCCCCCAGCAAAUGUCUCCCCCAUCAAGAUGUUCUUAGCCCAGGUUUGGGGGCAACCUGAGGUAGGCAUAUUUUGAAAUUCAUUCAUUUAACAUAUUUUCUGGGAUUUUAACGAACAAAGGGCUAUGUUAGAGGCAUGACUCGAUCUUAGCUGUCUUUGGUUGUCUUUGACUCUGCUUUUUCCUGUUCUCUUGAGAAUCCCUGGCCAGUGCUCACUCAUGCGCUGGAUGCCAUUGGCUCCAACGCGCUGUCAUUGGCUCACGCCUCUUUUUUCCCCAUUCCCCAUAGUGUCAGCCACUCUCUUAAUUGCUGUUGAUAUGCUGGCCACUUCUAAAUCUGGAUCUCCAACCCCAACUGCCCCCUCUCUUUAGAUCUGUUUUUAUCAUCCACUGGACAUCUCCCCAGGCAUGUCCAUAUGUCCCCAGCCAAGUAUUAUUCCUCCUGACUUCCUGUCCUAGUGACCUUCGUUACAAGCUACACCUACAUGGUAUUAGUCAGCACCUCACCCUUCUGCUCUGACACUUUCUGAAGUUCAGCUGUUCCUCUCCCUUUCUUAAUUUACAGAGCCUGGGAUUUGGAGUCAGGUUGGUUUGGGCUUGAAUUCCAGCUCUAUCAUUUUUGGUUGUGUAAUAGAGUUAUUUAACCUCUCUGGAGCCUCAGUCCUCCCACAUGUAAAAUGAUGAUAAUAAUACCUACCUCACAGGGUUGUUGUGAGGAUUUAAAUUAGAUAUUGUACGAAAAGUGCCUAGCACAGUGCCUGGCACACAAUAGAGUAGGUGCUCAAUAAAUGGUAGCUAUUAUUAUUAUUA